CAUCAAACCAAUCCAACAUUCAACAGGAUUCAAUAGCAAGACGACACACUUCAUCCCGCAAUGCCUCUCGAUCUCACCCACCGCCCGCCAGGAUCAGCCUAGGUGCAUUGAGUUCGGGCUGACCUCGGUCCUCACCAUGGCACAAAUCCCCUCAGACAAGAACUUGGCUGGCCCCUCUGCCAUGAAUCAAGAACGCGAGCCUGUCUAUGCGGCCCGGAAAAAACAGGCGUAGGUCCACGAGGCUUGAGGAGAUACUUGCAUCUCGCUUGAUGUCUUGUAUCGUUGCCAAUAUCGACUGACUCUUGCUGCAGAUGCUCUAGGUGUCAUACGAAAAGGAUCAAGUGUCUGGGAGGACCACCCUGUAGAAAUUGUGCUCUUUCUUCUCUACCCUGCAUAUUUCCUCUGUCGCGCAAACACCGGAGCACAAGCAUCCAACAUGCAACAGUCCAAUUCACUGGUGUUGCCCCAGACGAAAGAUUAUUGGGCGCUGGUCCCAGCAAUCUGCAAUCGGCUACGGCCUCAUUCUGGAUCGAAAGUUAUCGACGCCCUGAGAAGGACUUUAGUUCUAGUCGAUCAAGCCAGAGUCAAUAUGGCCGAAGAAAACGCCCCAAUUACCGUGGAAAUCCUACUGAUGAGACCUUUGUUGAGCAAAGUGUCGCUUGGAUGGCUGAACAACGAUCAGAAUUGCUGAAGCGAGACGAUGUCUCAUUCAACCCAUCCUGGGCAUCUCUUGGUCCAUCCUCAUUUGAUCUGGUGGACUCGGGACUGGAGAUCUCCAUCGACACCGUUCUCUCCCGCCCAACCCUCCCAUCUAGAACCUCCAAGCCGGUCAAAAUCCGCCUACCACCCUACAACCACAGCACCUACCUCAUCCAGGUCCUCGAGACAGCCAUUGGAGACCAGCAGCAUUACUUUCGGCGCAGAGAUAUUCGUGCAAAGUUGGCCCGCAUGCACCAAUCUCCCGAUUCCGCUCAGAGCAAAGACCAGGGCUGGCUCUGCCACUGGCUUUCAAUAGUUGCACUUGGUGAGCUGUACAGCGUCAACAUGCAAUCACAGCUAGACCCACACAAUUCUCUGGCCUCCGAGAAGGCUGUCGGUGCCGGCGUACACGAGAGCCCUGGGAUGGAGUAUUAUCAACAGUCUGUGAGCCUCCUUCAACAAGUCGCCGAAAACCCCGACAUCCAGUAUAUCGAGACUCUGUGUCUGCUGGCCCUCUAUGCCUUCUCUAUCAACCGUAUCAACACCGCCUACAUGUAUGUCGGUGUAUGCAUGCGUGCCGCUUUGUCCCUUGAUCUUCACCGGCACCCUCAGGAUUUCCCUUCCGAGCGGUCUACUCUGCCGGCUGUGGAGCUGGAACACCAAAAAAGACUUUUCUGGACCGUUUAUUACCAAGAUUUGUUGGCCACGAGUACCACAGGACGCCCGUGGGGUGUUCUCGAUGACGAGAUUACAGUUGACUAUGCAGACUCCAGCCGCCUCUCGGCAGAGGAGAUGCUGGAGUUCUUUGAUGACCAAGAGUCGAAUAUCCACCUUGAACUCAUGCGCCUAAGAAGCCAGGCCUACUCGUCGCUUUAUGGUUAUGCUGGCACCGCCAUCAAUCCUUACUCCAACAUUUCCCUGUUCGACUUCAAUCUCGGCGACUGUCUCACACAGCAACACCUGGAUAAGAUCCAUGAAUUCAAUCGGGCACUCAAUACAUGGGAAGCCGAUCUACCGACAGCAAUGAGGAUUGCACGGAGCUGGGACGGUUCAAUGAUGAACAUCAACCGUAUCAACGCCAAUAUGUAUCUGAUAUAUCACCAAUCCAUCCUCGUCAUUGUUCGACCAGCACUCUUCAAUGCAUACAAUCUGCUGUGUAACUCCCAAUCAAUUCCCGUCAUAUCGCACGAAGCAAACCGAACGAAAGCCCAACCGAGCAUUCCAGCACACGUUCUCCAAGUGUUUUUCAUGUCUUCCAUGUCUUCAGCGAGGGAGACUGCUUCUAUUCUGCAAUGGCUGCGGGAUCAAGGGUGUCUUCCAACAUAUUCCUACUUUGUAGCCAGCUUCUCAUUCACCGCUACCAUUGCGCUGUAUGUCGCUCGAGCACUUCAUUUCGCCGUCUUCCACGACCCCUACCUCAUGAGUCUGUUUCCCUUUGAACAGAACGAUCACGCUGCGCUGGAGACGGUGGUUCAACUCCUCAACCAGCAAGCCUCGGCCGGCAACUUGCCUGCAAUAGAAUUUGCUCGACUCUCACGGCUACUAGAUAACAACCUGCAAGCCUUGCAGUCGGCGAUACAUACCGCUGUGAACUUUGGCGACGUUGAUCUCAACUUCUUAACACCCGAAAUCUUAUUGUCGGAGGGCGACAAUGGUUGACUUGGAGUGGGAUAUGAAAUGAAAACUCAACUAGGAUCUGGGCACCCAUCGGGAUUGGGAUUUGGAUCUUCCUCGUGUAGCGUUUCAGGGGCUUUAUCACGAGCACCGGAAUUAGACAUUGGAUCGAUUAGAUAUCCUGGAUAUAACACGGGUAAUAGAAGCAGUUAUGGUACUUGUGACUUGUCGCCAAUACUAUUGCAAAAU